UACUAUCCAGUGUACUAUCCAGUACCUUACUAUAACCCAUAUCAAACUUACGCUCCUUUCACUCCGGCACCAGUCAUUCCCACAACUCCACAAGUUCCACAGCAAUGCAUAGGACCAUGUGUGAAUAAUCAAUGUCCGGCAGGAUACACAUGCAAUGCUUUCAAUGUAUGCUGCACACAAACUGUCGGAUGA